AUGAAGUAUUUUACGUUCGCUACUCUUUUAUUGAUCAUUACUUUUAUUGAAGCGACCAUGAACGCUAUCGUACCAGGAAUAUAUUUUGACCGGAUUUUUUUAGUCAUAUUUGAAAAUACUGACUAUAUUAAAGCGAUACAACAACCCUAUUUGCAAGAUCUAAUGAAUCGUUCUAAUGGUCUUCUUCUUUCCAACUAUUUUGCGAUUGCUCAUCCGUCCCUACCCAAUUAUAUUGCUACCGUUUAUGGUUCAACAGCUGGUAUCACUGAUGAUGACGCUCACAAUGUUUCUGGAAAAAAUAUUGUUGAUCUUCUUGAAGCCAACGGAAUAACUUGGAAGGCUUAUAUGGAAAAUUAUCCUGGAAACUGUUUUACCGGUGAUUUUGCUCCUCCGGAUACCGUUCUAUAUGCAAGAAAACAUAAUCCUUUUAUUUCAAUGGUCGGAAUAAGUACAAAUCCUUCUUAUUGUUCAAAAAUAGUUCCUGCCACUCAACUUGAUUCGGACAUAACCUCAAAUAAGGUACCACAAUUUGCCUAUUAUGUACCAAAUCAAAAUAAUGAUGGUCAUGAUACUGGAGUAGAAUUUGCUAUGGAUUGGUUUGAAGAUUGGUUUGAAUCAAGACUUCAAAAAUCUUCUUUUACAACAAAUACUUUAUUCUUUAUCACUUUUGAUGAAGAUGAUUAUGGUGAUAAUAAUCAUAUUUUUUCCGGUCUUUUUGGUUAUCCUGUUAAACCUCCAAAUAAUCAUUCUGAUGAUACUCUUUAUAAUCAUUACUCAUUCUUGAGUACUGUAGAAGAAAAUUGGGAUUUAGAAGAUUUGGGUAGAAAUGAUGUUAACGCGACUCCAUUUACUAAAUAUUUGAAACAUAAUUGA